AUGGGCGUAUCGACGAAAAUAGUUGAGGCUCUGCUGAACGCUGAGUUGCGCUCCUCUAUGUUCGGUGUGGAUGAUACCCGCCUACAAUACAUACUGCGCGUUGCCUUUGACGAUCCUGUUGUCUUUAGAAACCUGCGACCAUUUUGCCCGUCCGGCCUUGCCAAUUCCUGCCGCCACUGUACCAAUAGUCUGGUCUGCUUCCGCGUGCCAUCCCUCAGUGGUCGGGAGCUCGCCCCCAGCUACUUCGGAACGCCCUUGUGUCGGGUCACGCCUUCUAGUAUCUGUACUCCCGACUACUGA